AUGAAAGGGACAAAUUCUAGCAAUCCAGCAGGUUUUAUCUUGCUGGGCUUUUCUGACCAGCCCCAGCUGGAAACGAUCCUCCUUCUGGUUGUCUCUAUCAUCUAUGUUCUGACCCUGGUGGGGAACACAGCGAUCAUACUGGUCUCCUACUUGAACCCCAAGCUCCACAAGCCCAUGUACUUCUUUCUGGCUAAUCUCUCCUUCCUGGACCUCUGCUUCACUGCCAGCAUUGUUCCACAGAUGCUGUGGAACCUCAAGGGCCCUGAGAAGACCAUCAGCUACACUGGGUGUGUGAUCCAGUUUUACAUUGCGUUGGGGCUGGGUUCCACCGAGUGCAUCCUCCUGACUGUAAUGGCCUACGAUCGCUUCAAUGCCAUCUGCCGACCCCUGCACUACGGCGUGAUCAUGCACCCGCAGCUUCUCCGGCGCCUUGCAGCUGUGGCCUGGAUCAGUGGUUUUGUGGAGUCCACGGUUCAGACCAUCCUGGUUUUCCAGUUGCCUCUCUGCAGCCACCACAGAGUGGACGACUUUAUGUGUGAGGAGCCUGCCCUGAUUAAAAUUGCCUGUGUGAACACAGCCUUCCUGGAAAAUGAGCUCUCCGUAGCAAGUGUCCUCUACGUGGUUAUACCUCUGGGGCUCAUUCUGGUCUCCUAUGGCUGCAUCGCUAGAAGUGUGCUGAGGAUAAAAUCCGCGGAAGGCAGGAGGAAAGCAUUUGGGACCUGUGGGUCCCACCUCCUUAUUGUGGUUUUGUUCUUCGGGACUAUAAUUUCUGUCUACAUCCAGCCCAAGAGCAAGUACACACAGAACCACAGUAGAUUCCUAACCCUCUUCUAUACUGUAGUGACACCCUCGCUUAAUCCUCUGAUUUACACCUUGAGAAACAAAGAGGUUAAGUGGGCUCUGAGAAGAUUGCUGUGGAGACACCCCCCUCAGGAGGAAAUGUGA